GACUCCUUCCCCCUGCACUGCAUAUAACUUACUUUAGCUACCCAUUCAAAGGGAGGACAUCUGGACAUUUUUGGACUUGGCACUGAUGGCCCAUGUAGAGGAUCUGAUCAUUAAGACUAUUAUCUCUGCUGAGCUAGCUAUUGCUACUGCUUGUAAAACCUUUGUUCCUCACCGCAGCAGUUGUUUCGAGCUUUAUGGUUUUGAUGUUCUCAUUGAUUCAACUCUGAAACCAUGGUUGCUGGAAGUGAAUCUUUCUCCUUCUUUGGCCUGUGAUGCACCUCUGGACCUAAAGAUUAAAGCCAGUAUGAUUUCAGAUAUGUUCACUGUUGUAGGAUUUGUGUGCCAAGACUCUUCUCAGCGGUCAUCAACCAGGCCAAUGUAUCCUACAUUUGAGCCUUCUAGGGGAAAUGCCUUCCAGAAAAAUCAGCGUCCAGCAUCUGCUCCAGCUCAAUCAUCAAACUUCAAACAGCGUUCUCGUCCUCUGUCUGCUAGUGAUGCUGAAAUGAAAAACCUUGUGGGUUCAGCAAGGGAGAAGGUGCCAGGGAAAUUAGGUGGUUCCGUGCUUGGCUUAUCCAUGGAGGAGAUCAAAGUUUUACGGCGGGUAAAGGAAGAAAACGAUCGUAGAGGGGGAUUUAUUCGAAUAUUUCCUACAUCAGAAACGUGGGAUGUUUAUGGGUCCUACCUAGAGCACAAGACCUCAAUGAACUAUAUGCUGGCCACACGGCUCUUCCAGGACAGGGGAAACACAAGAAGAAGCCUGUUGGUAGGGAGGCCACGAGUGGCUGUUGAUGCAGGGCCAGAAAUGAAGGUGGAGGAUGUGAACGCAAAGGCCAAGCUACAUGCUGUGCUUUAUGAAAGGAAACUUCUAUCCCUCGAGGUGCGAAAACGCAGAAGACGGAAUGGCAGAUUGAGGGCACUAAGGCCAAAGUACCCAGUGCUUCUGCAGCCAACUGAAAUAUCCAUUAAAACUGAGACGGAGAGUGAAGAGGAAGAAGAGGAUCAAAUAGAACAUGAAGACGAAGAGCAGGAAGCAUCCCAAGAGGAGUCUGCAGGUUCUCUUGAAGAAAAUCAAACCAAAUAUAUGCCUUCACUGACUGCGUUGCUGGAUACUCCACCCAAAGAGAGUCCCUUGAAAACUUCUGAAUGGAAUGGAGAAACUACUCCUUGCCCCAAGCCUGAAAUUCAGCAGCCAGAACCCACAUUUAACUUGAUGCAGAUUCUGCAAGAAAAUGGAAAUCUCAGCAAAGUCCAGGCUCGAGUAGCCUUCUCUGCCUACCUCCAACAUGUUCAGACUCGACUGAUGAAAGAUAGUGGAGGUCAAUCCUUUAGUGCUAGUUGGGCUGCCAAAGAGGAUGAACAGAUGGAGCUGGUAGUUCGUUUCCUCAAGCGUGCAUCAAGCAAUCUGCAACAUUCCCUGAGAAUGGUGUUACCCAGCCGGCGAUUGGCCCUUCUGGAAAGAAGAAGAAUCUUAGCACACCAACUGGGUGACUUCAUCAUUGUCUACAACAAGGAAACAGAACAAAUGGCUGAAAAGAAACCAAAGAAGAAACUUGAAGGAGAAGAAGAGGAUGGAGUGAACCCCGAAAACUUUCAGGACUUCAUCAGCCAUGCAAGUGAGGCUGAACUGGAGGAGGUUUUGACUUUUUAUACCCAAAAAAACAAGUCUGCAAGUGUCUUUUUGGGAACUAAUUCGAAAGCCACCAAGAACAGCAGCAGUUAUUCUGAUAGUGGGGCAAAAGGUGACCAUCCUGAGACAGUGGAAGAAGUAAGAAUCAAGCAGCCCAAACAUCAGCAGGGAGCAGAACUUCAUUGUGACAAAUUAUCACGAUUUACCACAUCAACAGAAAAAGAGAGUAAAUUCCCCUAUAGCACUUCCCUUUGUCCAUCCUCUCGUCCUAGUGCUAUUCUUCAGAAAAUUCCCAACUCCCAUUUGACAUCUCUGAUUUCAUCCUCUGACCUCACACCAGUACCUAGUCAUCACUCUGCUUUUUCCCAAGUUCCUCCAGUUAUCUCCAAUGUGGCUCAUCAACCAACUGCUUUAGAGAGUGCAACCCCUGAUAACUGUUCUCCCUCCCCACAUUCGGUGUCACAUCGUGUCCCUAGUCCAGCGGUGCUACCGCGCUGUCGGUCUGGCAGUUAUACCAUUGGCCCCUUCUCCUCAUUUCAAAGUGCUGCGCAGAUAUAUAGCCAGAAACUCUCCCGGCCCUCCUCAGCUAAAGCAGCAGGUACAUGCCAUCCAAGUAGACACCAAGCAGGCUUAGCCAAAACACCCAAGGAUGGAGAUGGUAGCACUACCUUUGGCAAACGAUACAAUCAGAGCAUGGUCACAGCUGAGCUUCAGCGGCUGGCUGAGAAACAAGCAGCACGGCAGUAUUCCCCAUCCAGUCACAUCAGUCUUCUCACUCAGCAGGUAACAAACCUGAAUUUGGCAAGUGGAGUCACAAGUCAAACAGGUGCUACAACUCCCCCUACCCUUCGCCCAGUACAUAGUCCUGGAGGUCCAUCAUUGUCAACACAUUCAGACCCUCAAGUCCCUGAAAGCAGGACUAGCCCACCGGUAAAUAGGAAUAUGCAAACAGGUGGCUUUGCCUGGGAAGGGGAAGUAGAAAGCUCCACGUAUAACAAGUCCGCAGGAGUGAUGCCACCGCACAAGCACCAUCCCACCGCUGGCAGCUAUCAGCUCCACUUUGCACUGCAACAGCUUGAACAACAAAAACUUCAGUCCCAGCAGCUGCUGGACCAGAGCCGAGCCCGGCACCAGGCAAUCUUUGGCAAUCUCAUAUUACCCAGUUCCAAUCUGUGGUCUGUACAUAAUGCAGGCUACAGAAUCUCCAAUGCUACUGCCAAUGCCCAGAAGCCUACCAGUCUGCCACAGAAAGUGGUGCCAUCUCCAAAUUCUUCCUCAACUCUGGUCCCCAAACCCCCACCCAGUCACAAGCAGGUGCUUAGGAAGAUGUCAUCACAAAGAGUUUCCAAGCUGCUCCAGGAUUGAGACUGUCUGUUAUUUCAUUUGUAACUUCCUGCUGAUGUGAAUAUGUGGGUGCUCAAUGACUAGUACCAAGAGACUACUUUUGCUACACCACCACAAUUGAAAUCAAAUAAGAACAAUCUGGACAUCUGAAUUUCCAGAAACGGAAGGGCAUACUUUGACAAACUUUUCUACAGUCUUAAUCUUUUAUGUUUUAUGGAAAACUCUCUUUUUGUAUGCUUUUUAAUGGGCAGAUACGGACCUGGAUGUAAAUUAGAUGAAUUCGUUUAAUUGACCUUAGUUUUAACAGUUUUUGUGAAAUAUUCUGUAUGUUUUGUAGGGUGCAUUUAAUACCUUCAAAAGAGAUAGUUUCAAUCUUAAAUCUAAUUCUGAAAGACUGAAUCCCCACUUGCAACCUUUCUGUCACUAGUCAGAUACAAAUUUGGGUACUGUUUCUCUUCUCUUAGCCUUCACUUUUAAAGUAAGGAUCUUUUCAAGGUGUCUAUAUGAAACAUGCUUUUCCAACACAGUA